AUGACUCCAAACCCAUCUUUAGUCCUUAACAAGAUCGACGACAUCACCUUUGAAACUUACGAUGCUCCAGAAAUCGUUGAACCAACCGACGUUAUUGUCGAAGUCAAGAAAACCGGUAUCUGUGGUUCUGAUAUCCAUUACUACGCCCACGGUAAGAUUGGUCCAUUCGUCUUAACCAAACCAAUGGUCUUAGGUCACGAAUCCGCUGGUAUUGUCGCCAAGGUCGGUCCAAAGGUUACCACCGUCAAGGUUGGUGACAGAGUUGCCAUUGAACCAGGUGUGCCAUCAAGAUUAUCCAAAGAAUACAAAUCUGGUCAUUAUAACUUAUGUCCACACAUGUGUUUUGCUGCCACUCCAAACUCCACUGAAGGUGAACCAAACCCACCAGGUACUUUAUGUAAAUACUUCAAAUCCCCAGAAGAUUUCUUAGUCAAAUUACCAGAUCACGUUUCUUUAGAAUUAGGUGCUAUGGUUGAACCAUUAUCUGUUGGUGUCCACGCUUGUAAAUUAGGUAGUGUUAAGUUCGGUGACAAAGUCGCUGUCUUCGGUGCUGGUCCAGUUGGUUUAUUAGCCGCUGCCACUGCUACCGCCAUGGGUGCUUCCAAGGUUAUCAUUGUUGAUAUCUUUGACAACAAAUUACAAAUGGCCAAGGAUAUUGGUGCUGCUUCCCACAUCUUCAACUCCAAGACCGGUGGUGACUAUAAUGAUUUAAUCAAGGCUUUCGACGGUUUCCAACCAACUGUUAUCUUAGAAUGUACUGGUGCUGAACCAUGUAUUAACAUGGGUGUCAUGAUUGCUGCCCCAGGUGGUAGAUUCGUUCAAGUCGGUAACGCUGGUGCUUCUGUUAAAUUCCCAAUCACUGAAUUCGCCACUAAGGAAUUAACCUUAUUUGGUUCUUUCAGAUAUGAUUAUGGUGAUUAUCAAACUGCUGUCAACAUCUUUGACAAGAACUACGAAAACGGUAAAGAUAAGGCCCCAAUUGAUUUCGAACAAUUAAUCACCCACAGAUUCAAGUUCGAAGAUGCUAUCAAGGCUUACGACUUAGUCAGAGCCGGUAGUGGUGCUGUCAAGUGUUUGAUUGAUGGUCCAUUGUAA